AUGAAAAGAACAAGUGUCAAUCGCAUGUUGCAAGGAUUAAAUUCCCAUAGCAACACAACAUCGAGCAUCAUCAACAGUAAUCAUGUUUUUAAUUCUUCUUCAUCAAUGAAGGCAAACACCAUAUUUUUAAAUUCAAUGAUGAAACAUGUUCCUAACAAUAACAAAUUGUUGAAUUAUCCGAAUUAUCCGAAUUAUCCAACAACAGCAACAGAAGCAUUUGGUCAAAUACGUUCCUACACCACCACAAAUUGGUCUAUUGAAAAAGAAGCGUCAACAAAUGAUAGUGGAGGUAACACUUCAACACCUUCGUUCUGCCAACCAGUCAGUUUGAAGGAUUACGAUGCCCAUGAUGUAGCAUCAGUAUUGACUUCUCCUAAAUCUUGGGGUGGUGCUGGUUUGUCAGUUGAUGCUGUGAAGCCUUUGUAUGAGAAUAAUUUUGAUGGCUCAUCUCUCCGCAACAUUGUUGAGAAUAUCAAGUUGGACGGUGUAAAGUAUGCCAUUGAUCGACUUCAAAGCACUUAUAACAAGAAUAACAUUCCUCAACUCUCCGACACUUGUCAAAGUAUUGUACAUUGGGUCAAUGAUAAAAUUCUCCCAAAACCACAGAAAUUUCUGAACGAAAUACACCAAGCACAUCUUGAAAAUGCUACAGAUUUCGAAAAGUUUUAUUCUGAAGCACGGAACGAAUUAGCAAGCAAUCACCCUGACAAGGUGUUGAAACCUGAAGAUUUUGAUGAUUUUGAGCAGAAUUUAUUUGCAAAAACUACUAUUAGAGCUUAUAAUUCUAAAUUUGGCUAUCCAAACUUUGGUAAACAAUAUCGGUCUAUUGAAUUGCCUGUAACUUUAAUAGGUGCUUCACUUGCCAAACAUGAACUGCCAUAUUUUACUCAAUUUCAGUACACUAUGGCACAAGAUGGUGAAUUAUUGAAAAGAGUAGCUCCUAGGAGCAAACGCAGCGCAAUAAUGUUUAUGGGUCCAUCUGGUGCUGGUAAGACAUCAGCUUGCGUGCGUUUGUUAUGUCAUAAUCCUGGAAUGGUUUUAACAUGUACUUUAUCAAACGAGGUAUCCAGUGGAUUGACAACGGAUUCUUUGAUGAAGCAAGCAUUUGGCCACUUAAACGGCCGAAAUAUUUUUGAACUUUUUGGCCAAGUAGACCAAGUAGUGCUAAUGGUAUUCAUAUGUAGAUUGAUUUAUAUUUUAAAGCUAAUUGAUGAUGCAAAACAAAAUCCAACUGUAUUUGAAAAUUUUGUUCAGAGAGAUAGGGAUGGAAAUAUUGUUACAGGUGGAAUACUUCCAUAUCUCGCAUAUAAGCAAUCAAAUGGCAAUACUGAUACCAGUUUUAAUGCUUUGAGGUAUGCACAGCUAUAUGUUUAUACUUCUCCCGACGAUUUGAAGGCAUUUGUUGCAACUUUGGUGAACAAGAUAAUUCAUUCACUUAAUGACAAUUCCGCUCUAUUUGGAAUAGUCAAGAAAAUUGAAAAAUUUAUAGUUGUUAUUGAUGACGCUAAACUUUAUGCAAGCGAAAACUUACUCCAUUGCACUAACCUUUCAGAGUUAACAAGUCUGAACGGUGAGAAGAGAGGACUUUUAGCCAGGUUUGCACAAGUAAUUGCUAGCAUUGAACAAUUUCAUUUAUCUAUAUUUUCUGGAACUAAUUUUUCUGUUAAUGUAGAAAGUAUUAUACAAUCAACUCUUGGUAAAACUAAAGCAAAAAUUGAUACGGUUAAAAUAUAUGACUUUGGCUUGGUUUCACGAGAUGAUAUCAUUUCAUUUUUAGAAAAACAUAUCAAAAUACCAAAAAACGAGAAGAAAGAGAUUUUAUUUUAUUUUCAUGAACAAGGAUACAAGUAUUUUAGAAGAAGAUUGAUCACAUUGGCAUUAGAAAAAUUUUCUACCAACAACAGCUUGAUAGAUGCUAUUAAAUCUUCCGUAAAAGAUUUUGUAUUGGGAGUAGAAAAGCUGGCACAUUAUCUUAUCUAUACCUCAAUGAACACUCAAUUAAUCAAUGCACAACAAGGUAUUCAAGCCAUUGUUAAAUAUGUUGCUCAUUAUCAUUUACCAUUUUUAGGUUCUGAGUUUAUGGUGCACAAAGAGGUUGCUAAUGAAUUACUAUAUUUGGGAUUUUCUGGUCCAGAAAGCUCUGAAAAUGAUCAGACCAAUGUUGUGUUUUCUGCAAAGGAUUUUAUUGGGUAUGAAUCUGGAUUAGCAAUUCUAAAGAAGAUAUUAGGCAUUGAAGAUAAAUCAGAAUUGAUGAAAAAGAUUAUUCAAGAAAGAAUCAAAUUACUCCUGAAAUCUUCAGACCACAACAUCAAUUUGGAAUCCAUUGUUAUGCUUAGACUCAUAGAGUUAAAUGGUACACAGCUCUCUGAAAUUGGUUGUUUCAAAUCAUUAAUCACCACCAAUCCAAAUUUGAAAGAUCAUGUUUUCAAGUGCAAACAUUAUCUAGACGCAAAUGGAUAUGUAGAGUACUGUAUUUCAAAACGUGUUAUAGCACCAAACAAGAAGAAAAUUAACGGAGAAAUGUUGUUCUGGACACACUUUGCCGAGAAGAAGUGGGAUUUAUUAGAUGGAGUUUUUAUUGCUGUAUCGAAUGAACACCAUAACACUGUGUUUGGUGUUAACAGAGUGAACGGAUCUACAGAUAUGAUCAUUCCAAUGGGUUUCCAGUGUAGAGUGCAAUCUGGAACUAAACUUGACCCACAUUUAUAUUUUAGUUCCACUAUCCCUGAACUAUUUUAUCUCGAUAAUUAUGGAAAAUUGAAAUCUGAUACUCUUUACAAUUUAAACAGUAAUCAUAUUGAAGAAACCAAGAUUAAUGAUGAAAAUUGUUUCGUUGUACAGGACAAUUCAAAUAAGAUAAUAGAUGAUGCGAAUGGACAAGGCAUGAAAGUUCGUUCAAAGGCAAAAUGGUAUAAUGACAUAAGAAAUGCUGUUUUACAAGUAUUUAAAUCGUCAACUAUGAUGCAUGUGUGUGUUGGACUUGAUAUAACUGAAACAUUCUCAACAGAGGUUGUAGAGAAGUACCAGAAAAACUAUUUGUGCUCCUUUAUUGACAUGAGCAACUAUGACUUACUCUUCGACAAAGAAUGGGAGACAUAUUUAAAGAACUUGUUGACCACAACCACAAAACCAGCACUCGUCUCCCCUGAACUUGAAAGAACUACUUUGGACAAAUAA